AUGAGCGGUCUCCAGGACCCGGCCAUUGCGGCCGCCUACGACGCCGUCCGCUCCGACAAGGACGCUGCCAACUGGCUCCUCGUCGGCGACCUGCCCGACAAGAAGGGCGUCCUGGGCCUGCUCGCCACGGGCGAAGGCGGCCUUGCCGAGCUCGCCGAGAAGCUCGACGACACCCAGGCCCAGUACGGCUACGCCCGCGUCGAGUACGCCAACGACUCCGAGUCCACCCGCGUCAAGUUUAUUCUCGUCGUCUGGAUCGGCAGCCAGACCAAGGUCAUGCGCAAGGCCCGCGUCAGCAUCGAGUCCGGCGAGGUCAAGAAGGUCCUGCGCCACCACAGCAUCCAGGUCGACGUCCACGACCGCAAGUCCGACUUGGCCGAGGCCGACAUUGUCGCGCGUCUGCGCAAGGCCGGCGGCGCCGACUACAACGGCGGUCGGGGGUGA